CACCCAUCCAAUCCCAUGCCUCCAAGGCGGCGCCAGAAUCGCACUCCAGAUUUGGAAGCUGGACCUGCUCGCCAGCCCGUAUCCCCGGCGAAUGAAGAGGAUGACGGGUCCCCCGAAGAGACGGAGGUAGACGGGGGCGACGAAAGGCAAGGCUCACAGAUUCCCUUUUACAACACGACCUUCUCCGCCCACCGUGUCUCCCCUCUAUACCUCGGCGCCGAGGCUCUGACGGCAAGCCGAUUGCAACUUCUUGCGCACCGCUUACGAGACAAACUGGUGGGAGAUGUGGUCCGUGGCGUGGAGGUCGGGGCAGCCGAUCGGGAGGACUCGAUCGUCGGCAGGGCGGGCGCGUUGGAGAGGGUCGAGAUCUCCUGGGUAAGCGUGGCCGAUGUGUUGGGGUUCUCAAGGGAGGAUGUCGAGCGCCUGCAAGAUGAGGAUGAUACAGCCGGCUGGCGGCGGGCGGCCCGGGAUCUAGGCGAGAAGCGAGCGCUACACAUCGCACUGCGGUAUGAGAUGGCGUCCUGCACCGCGCUGAUGCUCCCGUCGCCGCUGGGGGACGGAAACGGGGAAUUCCCCGACGCGGAAACGCGCUUCUGGGUGGGCGAUGCAGACGCAGCGGCUCGGGAGCGGAGGUCGAACCCGGCACAUUUUCUCUCGCUGCCGCUGCUCCUCCUGCGCAUGCCGGCCCCCUUAAAGGCCGUCGUUGGCGAUUUCCUGGCAUCCACCUUUGACUGCCGCAUCAGUCCCAUGCGACUUGGCACCCGCAGUCUGGUGGGCAGCUGGGAAGCUUGGAUCAGAUCGGCCGGCUUGCCUUCUACCGGCGCUCUCUCCAAGGAUGCGGUUCUGAGCUUUGGGUUCCAUGUUCCGGCGCCCAGUGCUUCACCAACGCAGCCCUUGGACGAAGAAGAUGCUGCUUCGAAUCAGCAACAACCCCUCGGCCUCAAGUCCAUCGAUGUCAUCAUCCCUGCCGCCGAGCUGCGCAAGUUUCUUGCCGCGGGGAAGCGAGUUGUCGAAUCGCAAAGCCGGCAGACGGGCGCCCUGGGUGCUCUGGGAUGGCAAGGCGACCUGAAGAAGCGGAGGCUGUUGGCUGGCCGUUUGUACGAGGAGGGCUGGGAAUGGCGAACAGCAUCGGGAGAGCCGGGCAGUUCAACAGACCGUCAGCCCUUCAUGGAGGCUCUGGCUUGCUACCUCGGAGAACACCUCAGCCUCGACUUGUUCCACCCGGGCGUCAGGGUGACCAAGGUUGCUUGCGGCGGCUUUGUCAUGUCUGAAUCACGACUCAAGGUAUUUGAGCCCGUAGGCGCAGGGGAUGUCGAGGAUGAGCGUAUCUCUUCGCUGGGCCCAAGGGGGGCGAUCUUGGAGCUUUUGGGCAGGCUGGCCGAUAAAGCGCAGACUCAAGCUGUGGCUGGAUAAAGCCGCAAUUCAUUGGCACCUGACGGAUAGCAUCCACUGUGAGAACCAGAAGACGGUUUAUCGCCCAGUUCCUCUUGGAACUACGCCCUGGUCAGCGACUCUCUGUCCUCCCCAUCGUUCCAUGGAGGCUGAGAAGCUCCGUCUUGCCUGCCGAUGGCUGCGCGUCCUCAACUUCAUGUCCAGCCAGGAACCAGACACCUCGGCCACCGACGGC